UCACCCCCAAGCUCCCUGCUUGGAGAAAGAGCAAUUCACACCUGCUUCUUUCCUACCCCACCCCCAGUCUACCCCUACCCUGACAGUUUCCCAUCACCAACGGCAGAGAGCAGAGAAAUAGGCGUUUUCUAGUUCCUCCCCCACCCCUUUACUUUUUCCGGGUACCCGUGAGUCGGUUGGGGGAGGGCAUCCUCUCUCACCCUGGCCGCUCAUUCUGAGACCCGGGGCUGUCUGCUGAAUGAAUUCUGCCGGAAAAUGGAACACUCCAGUUUUCUGGCCGGCCUGAUACUGUCUGUCCUUCUCUCCCAAGUGAGUCCCUACAAGAUAUCCGUGGAGGAACUGGAGGACAAGGUGUUGCUGAGUUGUAACACCAGCAUCAUACGGAUGGAGGGAACGAUGGGAAUGCUAUUUCGCAACGAUACAAAUCUGGACCUGGGAAAACGCAUCCUGGACCCACGAGGAGUGUAUACGUGCAAGAGGCCAGACGAACAAGACAAGAUACCUUACACGCAAGUAUAUUAUCGAAUGUGUCAGAACUGUGUGGAACUGGACUCAGGCCCCCUGGCCGGCAUCGUCAUCGGGGACAUAAUCGCCACUCUUUUCCUCGCUUUGGGGGUCUAUUGCUUUGCGGGAUAUGAGACCGGAAGGCUCUCUGAGGCUGCUGACACUCAAGCUCUCCUGGGAAAUGACCAGCUCUAUCAGCCCCUGCGAGACCGGAAUGAUGCUCAGUACAGUCAUCUUGGUGAAAACUGGCCUCGGAAGAAGUGAACCGGAGACCGGUGGCUUAUAGGAGUAUCAGCUACAUCGACUGCACCUCCUUUCCUUGUUCAGCCAAUAAAGAUGUCUUCUCUCCCUCAGCAGGUGCCUGGACUUUUCAAGACUGCCGGGCAAGGCACGGGAGUUGUCCUGCCUCAGUUGGGCCCUUGCCCUCCCUGGCCACCUGUGUCCUUCCUUCACUGCUUCCAUUCCUCUGCCCCAGACGGACCGUGUGACGGGCACUCUCCCACCCCCAUCUGGCCCACUGGUGCUUGCUGCCCGGUGGGCUCCCUGGGUGCAGGGCCACUUGUUGCCUCCGGCCCCCUAGUGCAACCCCUUAAAGGCCUUGGCUUUCUCACCACAGCCGAGGGCGGGCUGCUAUGUUUAGAGACUCAGCCACACAGAAGUUUCCAUGACAUCGUAAGCAGAGGAGGUGGGAACAUCAAGGGCCCAGGAGACCAUUUCUUAUCAAGAUGUGGAGGUUUCUACGUAGGUCUGCUCAGGACCCUUUCUUUCCUCCGGUAUAGAAGAUACCAUUCACCUUCCUCUUCUCAGAACUUGUCCCCGUCCCACCCCUGCCUUCUGCAUCACAAAGUAACAUCAGAAGCUCAUCAGCAAUCCAAAUGCGUUAUUCCUCUUCAACCACUUGGAAAGCUGGAAUUUGAGAGAGGACAGGGGCCAGGGAUGUUUUCAAUACGUGUCAUCUUCAGCUAGUGGUUAGUGGUGGUUCUGAAACCUUGGGAGCCUGAGAGAUUUAUUAAAAGUAUAGACGCUCGAUGGGGCGCCUGGGUGGCUCCGUCGGUUGAGCGUCCGACUUCGACUCAGGUCAUGGUCUCACGGUCUGUCGGUUCGAGCCCCGCGUCGGGCUCUGUGCUGACAGCUCGGAGCCUGGAGCCUGCUUCCGAUCCUGCGUCUUCCUCUCUCUCUGCCUCUUCCCCACUCUCACUUUGUCUCACUCUGUCUUUCAAAAAUAAAUAAAUGCAAAAAAAAAAUUAAAAAAGAAAUAGACACUAGGGCCCCCCUCUCAGAACGUGGCCCCCAGGUGAUUCUGAAGCACCUCCAGUACAGAGGGUCUCUAGUUUAGAGGAAGAGCUGAGGCCACUGACUCUUUUGAGGCCCUUAUGCUUGUUCCUGUCCACCAUAAAGGCAACCCUUCCCUUUCGUUCUCUGAGUUAGAGUAAUUGGAAGCACUUCAGGACAAUUUAAUAAGAGUGGGAGUUCCCCAGACCAGGGUUUCCAAAGGAGGAAAGAAUUAACAACCACACAGCCAGGGAUCUGUACGAUUCUGCCCACUAUCUUCUCGAGCUAUACGCAGAUGUUAAUUUUGUUAGCGACAGAAUGAACUUGUAAUUUACACAUGCUUGGACCGUGGUUACGGUUUAUUUCUACCCUUUCUAUCCCCACUACCGUAGUCCUCUGAAACCUGCCUCCUGCUUUCACACUGGGCUCCCUCCGCCUUGGGCAACUUAACCGUGGCUUCUACAGCACCAAGGCUUGUACCCUUCCCAUGCCCUGCACACUUGUAUUCCUUGUAUGCUCUUACAUCCCCCUAUACCUCUCUCCAGUCCUCAACACUGGGUGCACUUGGGACUCCUCUGCACUUUGGAAUCUCCAGAGAUUCUGAUUAUCUUGGGCUAAGGCAUCAGGACUUUAAAAACGGCUUAAGGUGAUUUCAGUGUGAAGCCAAGGUUGACAAAUCUGCCCUCCGCCUGAGCCCUCCUGGAAACUUGCGUCCCUUUGGUUCUCUUUUUGGUGCUUUGAAAAAAUAGCUUUACUGAGGUAAACCGACAUGAAAAACCUGCACGUAUUUAAAGCGUAAAGUUUGAUGUUUUGACAUAUGUAUGCACUUGUGAUACAACACCACAGACAUGUAAUGAACAUAUCCAACAACGUCAACAGUUUCCUUGUGCCCCUUUGCAUGCAAUCCCUCCCUUAUUUCUCUCCUUAUCCCUCCACCCUCCAGGCAACCGCUGAUCUGCUUUCUGUCAUUAUAGAUUAGUUUUUGUUUUUCGAGAUUUAUAUAGAAGUGUAAUAAUGUAACAUGUACCCUUUUUUGGUCUGGCUUCUUACACUUGAGCAUAAUUAUUUUGAAAUUCAUACAUCUUGGUGCAUCAAUCAAUAGUUUACUGCUUUUUACUGUCCAGUAGUAUUCCAUUGUAUGGAUAUACCACAGCCUGUUCAUCCAUUCACCUGCUGAUAGUCUUUUGGGUUAUUUCCUGGUUUGGGCUAUUACAAAUAAAGCUACGAUGACCAGUCA